GAGGGGGGUGACAGUCAGGAAGACUAAUCCAAUUCUCGUAGCGCAUUGUAGCCUAUCUCAACCUUCCCCGCCUCUGUGUAUCAGUGAGAAAUUGACCAAAUGUUUUAUCUAAAAAAUCAAAUAGCUUCUACAAAUUGCCGACGGAUAUAUAAAUAAUAAAAAAAUGCAGUGUUGCGCUUGGCUGUCAAAGGGACGACUGCGCAUCUUUGUGAGGGAAUCGGGAAACGCUACGUUGAUGUCCCGGCUGGGAAACGUAGCCUUUUGCCCAACAUAGGCUAUUCUAUCAUUUCAUAAACCACUGUCAAACAUCAUCGUUUCAAGCAUGCGUGCAGGGAGAAAGAAUAAAAACACUCUGUUGGCCAAUGUGCCGCUCCAUCAGUCAAGUCCUGCUGAAGCAUGUCUCGUCGGAAACAGAAACGACCCCAGCAGCUUAUGAGCCCGAUGCUUGGUGCCUCUUCGAUACUUGAGCAUGAUGAACAGUUUACAGUAAAGUCAAUUUACUUUCCUCCAACCACGGACUCCUCUUCUCCAUCCUCCUCUCCUCCUCAGAGCUACCAAACUCCCCUGGCUACCGAUCCCACUUUUGGGGGGCUUCAGAAGCCCUCUCUACCCACUGAGGGGCCCUCUCUCUCCUGUUCUCCAAGUCAGCCCAACCCCUGCCUUGGGUCCCUCACAGACCUUCAAAAUAUCCUCUCCUCAGCCUUCCCUAACCCACCCUUGUCCUCUCAGACUCAGCCCCCCACUGUUCUGUGCCUCCCAGACACCACUUCCACACCUUCCCACAGUCAGACUCUGACCUCUCGCACCCUCAUGGCCUCUCCCAAGUUGGGGGUGUCAGCCACCACCACCACUUCUUCCUCCUCCUCCUCCUCCUCAGCCUCCCUAUGUCCUCCGCCUCACCCCGGCAGCCCCAGCCCUGUUCCCGAGGGCCCCCCCAGCCCCGUAACACCCUCCCCCAGCCCAGGUGUCACCUCGUCCGCCUCUGCCCCCCCACCCCGGGCCCAGCUGAGCAUCGCCCUGAUCCUGGAGGAGCUUAGGGUGCUGCAGCAGAGGCAGAUCCAUCAGAUGCAGAUGACAGAGGAGAUCUGCAGACAAGUCCUUAGGCUGGGUGGGGCCUCCUGUGGCCUGGACACUCCCCAGCUCCUCCUCCCACCUCUGCCACAGCUAUGUCUGGAGGGCAGCGACAGGGACCCCAGCCCACCCCAAGCCACCACCAUGCCUUCCCAGCCCCCUACCUCUGUAGCCCCGCUCCUGGCCUGCUUCUCAUCCCUGCUCCCCCCACAGUCGAUGUCAAAGUCCUCAAAGCCCAGCCACCCCCUUUCUCACGUCCUGCGCCCACAUAAGCCCCACCUGGAGGGGGCUGGAGGGGCAUCAGGGACUAAUGCGUACCCAGGCACCAGUGUCCGUCCUUCAGCCACCUCCUCGUCCUCUUCUGCCUCCUCUGCCAUCUCCUCCAUGGCCUCCUCCAACUACCCUCUGGCCCUCUCUCUGGCCCUACCCACUCGUUACCUCCAUGAGAAAUCCCCCAACACCACCUCAGCAAGUGGACACAGUGGUCUGUCCUUCCUCACCCCACCCAUGUCCACCACCGCCACUCUGGCUUCUCCCUUCCAGGAGGCUCUCCAGUCUGCCUCAGGGGGAGGGGCAUCCACCGGAUCGUCAGCUUCCAGCUCCUCCGGACGCCUGCAGCACGCCUGCAGGUUUUGCGGGAAAAUGUUCAGCAGCGACUCGUCCCUGCAGAUCCACCUGCGCUCUCACACAGGGGAGAGGCCCUACCAGUGUCCUGUGUGUCUGAGCCGCUUCACCACCCGAGGCAACCUCAAGGUUCACUUCCUCCGGCACCGGGAACAGAACCCUGAGCUCUCUCUCUCCCUCCUGCCCCCUUCUCUGUUUGGGUCAGCUAUAGGAACUGUUGGGGUCAUGGGGGGGUCUGACCAGGGACAAAGCUUUGGCACCGGUAGCAGUAGCAGCUCUAAUCUUAGUGCCGCACAGCGGCGCCGGAAACGCAGAGCCGAAGACGAGCCUUACGGAGACGGGAUGGAGGUCGGCGGGGGGGUAGGGGGCUUCCCCAUGGGGGCGUCGACUGGAGGAGCCCCGCCCUCCUCGCUGCCCUUGCCCCCCAGCAUGGACCUGGCCCUCAUCUCCACCGCCCACUCCAUCCUGCAGCUGAACCGCGCCGCAGCGGCUGCUGCUGCAGCGGCCUCCAUGUCCUCUUCUUCAUCUCACACUCCCUCCUCCUCCUCCUCUUCAUCCUCCUCAUCCUCCCUGGCAUCCUCCCUCCUCGCUGCCCCCUCCUCCUCCGCCGCCUCUUCAGCCAUGGCCGGCUUCUUCAAGGGGGCGAAGCAGCAGCGCUUUGAUGAGAACACCCCUCCACACACACCUAUGCUUCCGCCCUCCACCUACUCUCAGCUGGCCCAUCUCCCCAAGCUCCUCUUUCCCUCCGCCUCGUCCUCCUCCUCCCACCACCACCCUCAACACCACCCUGGCCUGGGCCUCCUCCGCCCUCCACCCCCAAGCUCUCACCACCUCUCCUCGACUUCCCACUCCCAGCUCUCCUUCCCCUUCUCCCACUACCCCAAAAUCCAAGGUUCCCUUUCCACCUCCACCACCUCCCCUUCCUCCUCCACUUCCAUCUCGACAUCAGACACCUCCAAACUGCAGAGGCUGGUCGAGAAGCUUGAGAAGGAGCCCUGUAGCUCUCACCCCUGGGCCUCCUCCUCUUCCACCACUUCCUCAAUAGAAGCCUUAGCCGGGAGCUUGGCCACAUCCUCCUCCGCGGGCUUGUUUAGCAGCGGCCUCAUGAGUGCCAGCACCUCCAGCACCUAUGUGAUGGCUUCCCCCCCAUCCUCCACCCACGCCUCCACCUCCAUCUCCAACUUCACAAGGGAGAUGGUCGCAGCACUGGGGAUGAGCGCUAACGGGGCGAGUGCUCUGGCCGGAGCCAUGCUCCCCUCCCUGGGAAUCAUGGGUGCAGCAGGCGCCCUGGCACCCAACCAGUGCGGAGUGUGUCUGCGUGUGCUGAGUUGCCCCAGAGCGCUGCGUCUUCACCAGGCUACCCACCUCGGAGAGCGCCCCUUCCCCUGCAAGUUGUGUGGACGCUCCUUCUCCACCAAGGCCAGCCUACGCUCGCACCUGGCCACCCACCGUGCCCGCCCGCCCAACGCCCGUGCCCAGAACUCUUGCCCACUGUGCCAGCGCAAAUUCACCAACGCCCUCGUGCUGCAGCACCACAUCCGCAUGCAUCUGGGAGGGCAGCUGCCACCGGAGGGCACAGAGGAGUCUCUGUCUGAGCAACUAGGAGAGCCUGAUGCCUCCCAGCACCAGCGCCAAUCCCAGCCCCAGCUCCAGCCCCCUGACACCCCCUCCUCUGGGACCUCUCCGCCAGCCGUUGGCGGCCAAUCAAAGAGCCCAGCCCGUAGCCAAUUCCCAGCAUCCGUUGGUGGUACUGUCCCUAUCUCUGCCAGCGUCAUAUCAUUAGAGUGCACUGGAAACCCCAGCAGAUCCCACUCCUCCAGUCCUGAGCUGAUCCCUCCUUCGGACCUAAGCCCUGACCCCUCCCUGAACCCUGCCUCACACACCCCGCCCACUGGAAGUGUGGAUCCUCCAGUCCUGUGUGUCAGCGCCCCCUCCCCAUGCCCUCCUCUGGUAGAUGAAGGCUCACCAGUUACUGAAGAAAAACAGGUUGAAAGUCAAGAUAGCCUCGAUGCAUACAGCACUCCAGUUGGUACGGCAAUUCCCACUUCCCCCACUUUACCCAAGCCCAUAUGCAUGUCUAGCCUUGGGAUAUCCGAGAAUUCCAUGGAUGACAACAGCCCAUCCAUGGAUGUCUUCCUACCAGGACCCAGAUCCAACCUGGAAGACCUGCUGAGCACGCCUACCCAUGGUGCCCCUGUGGCACACCCCUGCCCUACCCUGGUCCCCACCUGCCCUGAACCUUUCAAAGCCCCAUUAACUCCUGGCCCUGACACUGAACAGCCUUCCAGAUCCCAAACCUCCCAGCAAGAGGAGGAGGAGAGGGCUGAAGUCCCUCCGUCUUCAACACCAAAGUAUGACCACGCCCCUGUGCUUGAGGUUGAGCCUAGGCUGGCGUCUAUGUCUGACACAAUUGACACAAGCGGUGCUGAAAUUACAUCUGUUCCCCAGAAUGCUGCCACCUUCAUAAGGGAGACCAGACAAGGGCUCCAUUUUAGUUUCCACGGAAAGGAAGACAGAAUGGAUUCUGGGCCAGCCAGUGAACGACUGGAAACUACAGUUCCCAUCAGUAUGGCCCCCACUCUGCCCCCUCCAAUGUCUCGACCUGAAAAGAAGACCUACAGCUGUGCAGAAUGUGGUAAAGAAUACGCCAGCCGCAGUGGACUGAAGGGACAUAUGAAGCAUCACAGUGGGGUUGUCAAGACAACCCGCCCCCCUGCACGAAGCAGUCGUGCAGCCGCUGAACGACUUCCUGCGACCACACCCUCUACUUCCUCUCAUGCGCCUGCCACCAGAAGUUCUGUGGGCUUCUGGAACCAGUACCAAGCUUUCCUUAACACCAGCAAUGAACCAACAGACCAGCCGGCCCAGGGCCCAACCAGUGUAAGCCAAGGAGAGGAGGUAGAAAAGCCCCGAUUGGAUGAAUCACCUGUCAGAUCUCAGAUAGAUCCAUCCAAUGAGAGGGUCUCAGUGGAAAAUAGGGAGGUAUCCCUGGAAGAGCCUACUCUUAAGUCAAUGUGAUUGGCUGGGAUAUAAUCUGGUGCUCUUGAUAGAUGAUUACCUUUAGGAGUAAACUGUAUGGGGCUUUUGUAUAGUAUUAUACCCAAACUCAUUUGAGUAGUUUGUCGGUUUAGUAGUCUGUGAGUAAACUGCUUAGCUAGUUUGUGAUAACUAUUUGUUGGCCAGCUUGGUCUUGUUUUUAUAGAAGUGACAGUGGAAAAUUAUGACUGAACCCCAAAACGGAGUGAUUAAUGAAAGACGUUUUUGUCAUAACAAGAGUCCGGUGCGUGAAUAAAAGCUCUGUUUUAGUAGAUCGAGAUUUUCUCUACAUAUUGGGGUCCUUUUCUGUGAGCUUGACUCUUGUGGUUUAUGGGACAGUUAGAAACAAAUUUAAACCGAAACAUUUGUUAGAUAUGAUAUAGCCUGCUGUAAUACUGUCAAAACCUUAACAAAUCCUUCUUUCAAUAAAGUAUAAAAGGGAAUAAUUCCAUAAAACCCUAUAGAACAGAAAAGUUGGUCUCUAUUGCAUUUAAUGCACACAUCUUUGUUAGUCUGUGGUGUUUUCAGUCUCAUAUCCUCAUAUAUUAUUGUAAUAUUAACCUUCUAUUACAUGUUGCUGUGGUUAACCCUUGAAUUAACUCAAACAAACUUAUCUACCUUCUUUUUGACAGAAAGCACAUAAGGGUGUAGUGUGCUCAAUGGAGACAUUUCCUGUAUAACUCUUUCCCUUCCACCCUGUGAAUAAAAAGAUUGUUGUUUGGUCCCAAAGUGAUGUCUGUUCACUGUAACUAAAUGUUUUUGUUAAUGAUAUGAAAAAAUGAAUCAGAGGUCUAUGUCUGAUGUUGUUGUUGUACUUUCAGUGUAUGCCCCAAAAGUAAAGAGAGAGAUGAAAAACCAAGAAACAUUAAAACACUUUGG